AGUGCGCUGCUGCGGCCACACGCCUGAUUGAUAUAUGCCUGCAAUGGCACUUUUCCAUUUGACACUCUCCCUCUCUCUCCCUCUCUCUCUCUCCCUCUCUCUCUCUCCCUCUCUCUCUCCCUGGGUCGCUUAAACAACAGUCCUAACUUUUGUGUGUUGCAAAUAUAAAAGGCAAGCCAUGUGACAGAGGGACAGAAGAACAAAAGCAUUUGGAAGUAACAGGACCUCUUUCUAGCUCUCAGAAAAGUCUGAGAAGAAAGGAGCCCUGCGUUUUCCCCAAGCUGGGCAACAGAUACUGCGGUGAUCAGUUGCAAGUGAAAGGAGCAAGCCAAAACUCCUGCACACAAAGGACAAUGACAACCAGAAAACGGCAGCAGCCCCAUCCUGCCCUGGCCUUGAAAGGAUCUGGAUCCUAGGAGGUGACAGCAUUUCCAAUCUAUUGUCCUCUGUCUCCCUCUGCUGUUCCUCUGGAGACAUUUCCCCUUACAACAAUGAGAAACCAUGUACUAGCUGCAUCCAUUUCUAUGCUCUCCCUGCUGGCCAUAAUGGGAGAUACAGACAGCAAAACAGACAGCUCGUUCCUGAUGGACUCUCAACGCUGCAUGAGGCACCAUUAUGUCGAUUCUAUCAGUCACCCAUUAUACAAGUGUAGCUCAAAGAUGGUGCUCCUGGCCAGAUGUGAGGGGCACUGCAGCCAGGCGUCACGCUCUGAGCCCUUGGUGUCCUUCAGCACUGUCCUCAAGCAACCUUUCCGUUCCUCCUGCCACUGCUGCCGACCCCAGACCUCCAAGCUGAAGGCUCUGCGUCUGCGUUGCUCAGGGGGCAUGCGACUUACUGCCACUUACCGGUAUAUCCUCUCCUGUCACUGUGAGGAGUGCAGCUCCUGAGGCUUGCUGUUGGUUGGCUUUCUGGCUGGCACAACCACAGGAACAGUUCAACUAUCCAGAGAAGGACUGGCAAGAAAAGAGUUAAGGCAGAUAAAGAUGGAGCAAGUCCCACAGGAUUGUGCAUAGUCUAGUCCUAAAGAGUCAAUGUGCUUUCGACAGAAAGUGACUCUGGUAACUCGUUUUCCAUUCCCAUAUCCUUUCCCUGAAAGAAUUUCUUUUGGUUACUUUUCAGCUUCAGGCAUUUUCCCCCUGAUGGCUCUGAAUGUGGUUUGGGUUUCUGGCAAUUCUACAUUAGUGGGAAAAUGUGGGGCCCUGUGCAAGAGUGUAUCAGGCCUUCCAUAUUUGGUGCAUAUUUGGGAAGAAUUUACCCAACUCUUCUUAAGAGGUCUUCAGUUGUUUCACCUUGUCGUUUUGGUCUCAGAUUUGCCUCGAAAGGUUACCAGUUUCAAGUUCCAGACACCAAGUCCGUGGAUAUGUUUAGUGAGGUUUACUCACAGACAGCUAACUGCUACUAAAAUAACUAACACACGGGUUCUUUUAUGUGACAGCACAACUCCUGACGGCUAUAGUUAUCAUUGAGAAACGACUUACGGGGUAGAAAGGUGGCGUAAGCAAUUUAUGAUCUGAAGGCUUUUGCAGGUAAAUGAUGGCAAAAU